AUCUCCUCCACAUGUCUUUCUACGCUCCUCCAAACCAGCAGCGCACGCUGCGCGCCUGUAUGGUCUGCUCUGUCGUCCAAAUUCACAAUAAAUUCAUGCGUGAAGGCUGCCCAAAUUGCGAGAGCACCCUCCAACUCCGUGGGAACAAUGAUGCUAUUCAAGAAUGCACGUCACAGGUCUUCGAAGGCCUGAUCGCUGUUCGGGAUCCCGCUGCGAGCUGGGUCGCUCGUUGGCAACGGUUGGAUAACUACGUGCCGGGUACAUAUGCGACCAAGGUCACGGGGACACUUCCGGAAUACAUUAUCAACAGUCUAGAGGACUCUGGCAUUAAAUAUGUCCCACGAGACGGAAGCACCGGAGAGGAAGAUGCAUGAAGCAGCUACCCUCAAGUCUUUAACGCUACACGAACCCACCCUUGUCCAUACAGUCUUAGUUCUGGAUACCCCUGCGGCGCACACACCAUUGAUUCGAUCAAGACAUGCAAUAUGAGGGUGGUUUCGACAAUUUUGCUGGUCGUUCGGAGUUUCGGAUGGGAAGCAUUACCUACUUUUCUUCAUAUUAUUUAUUGGACUACAAGGGCAUACAGAG